UCUACUCGUUCCGCCUGCCGAUGUAUAGGGUAACCUCUGACCCUUAUAAUUAGCGAAUCUGGUUGAACAAGACAAUCACCUCCUCCAUGUUGUAAAAGUCGUCUGUCAUACAAGCGAGAGAGAAAAGGAUAUCGAGCUCAUAAUGGCCGGAAAGAGGAGGACCGUUGUUGUUGUUACUCUGCUAUCCUUGGCCGACGUUGCCGUCAACACCAUCUUGUACAUGAACGGUGCGAGUCUGUACAACUUCACGUAUGACAUAAAGUCUUUUAGCAUCUUCGCGUCUUUGUUAGACAUUUGGGCACUCGGGCUGCUGAGAGGAUGUGUGACGUUUGGUGCUGUCAUGUCUGUGCUGUGCAACACCAGAGAUGCUGUUCCAAGGAUCAGGUUGUCAAGAUCGUGGAUCGGUGUCUUACCCGCUGCUAUGUGUGCGUACACUUGUGUCAAGCUCCUGCUGUAUUCAGAAAAGGACGCCAAGUUUCCUCACAUACCCUGGUUCUGGGGUUCCUUUGUCGGCAGUGUAGUCGGAUGUGCUGUGUUCUACCUAAACUGGACGCUGCUAUCAACGAUUUGUACCCAGUCAUACCGAAGUGUUAACACCGAGGAAGGGACGGACGAGGAAAGAGAACGCCUACUAGGAAGUGGAGCGAAAACAAAAUCGAUUUUUUCUUCAAUGAAGAAACUGUUCUCUUAUUCGAAACCUGUCAUACCGUACUUUCUUGCGGCGACGUCUUUCCAGAUAGGAAGUGCCGUCACUGACACCUUCCUUCCGCUCUACACUGGUCAGGUGAUCGACGGGAUAGCCAAAACAGAAACGUCACAGGCCAAGUUUACCCACGCCAUUGUCAUCAUGUGCCUUUUAACAGCCUUAACCGCCCUUUUCGAUGGCACGUGCAUUGGGCUGUUUAAUAUCACCAUGAUCAAGCUCAACAUCCGGGUCCGAAACCUGCUGUUCCGUUCCCUCACCCGUCAGGAGAUCGGCUUCUUCGACAGCGUCAAAACGGGGGAAAUCACUUCUCGUCUGGUCUCAGACACAAACACUAGUACAGUGACUCUUGUCAAAAACCUGAAGUUGGUCUGCGCUACCGUGGUGCGCGUGGUGCUUACCGUGGGCUUCAUGUUCAAGCUGUCAUGGCGGCUGUCGGUCCUGACUCUCCUUCUGUUUCCUCUCAUCGCCGCGGUUGCUAAGGCGUACGGCAAAUGUCUGAAGAAAGUGGCUAAGGACAUACAGACGUCGUUAGCCAAGGCCAACGAUGUGGCUGAGGAGACGUGUGCCAACAUGAGGACAGUCCGCAGUUUUGCAAAUGAAGACAAAGAGUGUGAGAGAUACAGUGAGAGACUUCAGGACGUUUACAAGCUGUUCGUCAGGGAGGCAUUGCUGUUAGGGAGCUUCGCCACGAUCGAGCAUCUGUUCUCCCUUACGCAACUCGUGCUGACCUUGUUCUACGGCGGCCAUCUUGUGAUUGCGACGAAUCUGACAGGAGGGAGCCUGGUAUCCUUUAUACUGUACCAGAAGCACCUCAAGGGCUCCUUGGAGAAGAUGGCAAACGUGUACGUAGAGCUGAUGGUAGCAGUUGGAGCGUCCAAGAAAAUCAUUGAAUACAUAGAACGCGAGCCAGAGAUUGAAAACGGCGGGAAAAUGGUACCUUCGAAACCUGAAGGACAAAUAGAGUUCAGAAACGUGUCCUUUGCCUACCCAUCCCGAAGGAGCGUGCAAGUUUUGAAGGAUAUCUCCUUCCAUGUGUCUCCCGGCGAAGUUGUUGCCCUGGUCGGCCCCAGUGGCAGUGGAAAGAGCACCUGUGUCAACCUGCUGGAACACUUCUAUGAGACCACGUCAGGCCAGGUGCUGCUAGACGGUAACCCCAUCAUGGCGUAUGAUCACAAGUUUCUGCACCGAAUGAUUGCUCUGGUAGGACAAGAGCCAGUGUUGUUUGCCCGCUCCAUCAAGGACAACAUCUCCUAUGCCCUGGACAACUGCAGCUUGGAGGAGGUGCAGCAGGUUGCUAGGCAGGCCAACGCCCAUCAGUUCAUUGCGGAGCUGCCUGAGGGGUACGAGACGGAGACUGGGGAGAAGGGGAUGCAGCUGUCGGGGGGACAGAAGCAGAGGGUGGCGAUCGCCCGGGCGCUGAUCAGGAGACCAGCGGUGCUGCUACUGGACGAGGCCACCAGCGCUUUGGAUGCCGAGAGUGAACAAAUGGUCCAACAGGCUAUCGAAAACCUGCACGGACAUACGGUCAUCGUCAUCGCCCACCGUCUGAGCACCGUGGAGAGGGCUGACCGCAUCAUCGUCAUCGACAAGGGCAGCGUGGUGGAGCAGGGGCGGCACCGGGAGCUGAUGCAGCAGGAAGGGCUGUACGCUAGGAUGGUGCGGCGGGAGAUGUUGGGGCUGGACGCGCCCGGCUGAUGAAAGUAAUUUGCUGGUAGUUAGCUGGUCUGUUACGCCGUAGACCGGCGGU